AUCGCGACCCCUGUUGUGCCUACUGCGGCCGCUCUAAGCAGACGAGCUGCUCAGUCCAGAGCUGUGUGUGGUCUAGUCCAGGACUGCCCCACCUCUGCGCCGCGAGCUGGUAGGUGGAGGAGACGCGCCAUUCGAUCGAGACCUACUCACCUAGCGUCGGUUGGUCGAGGCGAUAGCGACCCAGCUGUCGAGCCUGCGAUAACGCGACUGAUACGCCGCCAACGCCGGUCGCGAACCGCGUGAGGGACGCUAGCCGCGACCACAGCGUCGGCUGGGCAGUGGUGACCGUCCCUUACGGCACCAAGGGUCAUGGAUAGACUGUGAUAGUGCCAGAGUCAGGACUGCAAAUCCGUGAUAGUGAAGAGUCAAGAAAGUGACUGCGCGGUAUCAGGACAGUGAGUCAGUGGAAGCAUCUGGUGGAAUGAGAUCGAGUUUGUGAUUGUGUCCCGACGCGGAUUGCAUUGUGAGUCAUUGCCAGUGCCGGGCAAGAGCGGUAAAUCUGACAGUGCCGGUAGAAACAGUGAUCGUGGGUUCCGAGCUUAGAACAGCGAACAGAAACAGUGAAACCGUGACAAGAUUGUUGUCAGACGCCGGGGCUGUGCUUUGUCGGGAUCUCAGCGGAGGCUACUGCCUCAACACGGGUUCCUAGCCCGCAUCUCUGCUGUGCCCGUUAUCCGCAUCGGCGAUGACUGUGUGCUUAUGUAGGUGAUGGCAGCGGCAGUGUUCCAGUGACUGGGCCACCAGAGGCCGUGUGCUGGUGACAAGUGAGCGCCGCAGCGGCUGUGGCGCUCCGCUGAGCCGCGGCGGGUCGAUCACCCGCCCACCGCCCACCGUCAUGUCUCAAAAGUACCGUGCCGAGUACUGCAGCUCGGACGACCCUGACGAGGUGGACGAGCCGACCAACUGCUGCACACACUCGGAGCCGUUCCGACCGAGCUGCUGGGACUUCUGCGUGCCGUUCCUCUACGUGGCCUCCAUGGCGGCCAGCCUGCUCAGCACCAUCCCCAUGGGCCGGGUGACGUUCAUCUGGCAGAACCGCGCCGGCCCGGCCAACCACGCCAUCUGCCCGCUGCACGCGGCCGCGCGCGACCGCGAGCACUGGGGCCAGUACGGCUCGGCGGCCUGUUACGCGGCCACUUUCCUGCCGGUGGCGCCGCUGGCCAUCGCGCUCUGCCUGUGCGUCUACCAGCUGGCGGCCGUCGUGUACGCCGAGCGGAGUCGGCAGCGGCGCUCCCCGGCCGGCGACACCGCCGUCCUGGUCGCCACACUCGUAGCCACCGUCCUAUGUCUGGCGGAGGCCGGUGUCCUCACGGAUGGCGUGCGCAACACCUGCCUCGGAUUUCAGAUGGAGGACUUUGUGUAUGAAGCGCGUGUCCGCUUCAGCAGCGUCGACGAGGUGCUCUCGUGUCGACAGGGCUUCGACAUGCGGGACCGGGACCACAUGAUCACGGCGAUGAACACCUACGGCCAGCUGAUGGCGGCGCUGGCGGGCAGCUGGCUGAACGCGGCACUGUGGCUAGCGCUGCUCACCGCCGCGCUGCGCCGCGCCUGCCACUGGUGCGGCCAGUGCGGCGGCGCCACUAGCACCGGCCGCGCGCCCAUCAAGGUGGUUCGCAGGAGACGGGGCUCACAGUUUACCGACGAGUUCCCCGAGAUCGCCAGACAGCGCCGUGAGUCGUGGGUGUGAGCUGGUGAGGCGCCGUGGGACGCGGAAAUGACCAGCGUGGACAGAGAGUGACAUACUGACAUGGCCCAUGGGUAUGUUCGGUGCCUAUUGACACCACUUUCCGGUCUGAAAGACGGGGACGCCGCAGAGCCGAGCUCUAAGCGACGGGUCACAGAGACGCGGCAGACCCUCUCCUUCGGGACCUGAACGAGUCACAAUGGUCACGGGUCACAAGGGCGUCGCAAGUCACAGUACCUGAAACGGGCACUGAAGGUACUGAAACUGACUGGCAAGGAUACGGCGAUCCCAGUUUGAAUGGCAGUCGGCAGGAUCGCCGAGACGACCGCUCCUCCUGACGUGUUGUGACAGCUCGGCUCUUCGUGAUGCUGACUACCAGAGACAUGGUGGAUUGGUUACGAAUGACGCCUGAGCUGGGCUUGCUCGAAACACCGGCUCGGCGGCAGCUUCGAAUGAUGUCGGCUCUCGAUAGUGACGGCAGUGACGUGCUGUGAUGGUUGACGAGGUGACAUAAACGACUCCUCUUCCGCCUGUGGGAAGUGACACGGUGGUUUGUGAUGGCGAGUUGCGACUGCGGUCCAAUCCUACGGUUGUUCGGGCGAUGUGUCCGUCUCGUCUUCUAACCGUUUUACCUAAACGUUGCAGAGUACCUACGGAGCGCGGGACAUGCCGGGGAACCUAAAGAAGGUGAAUUCACUUGCACCCGUCAAACCGUCACUUGAUUAUGAACCGUUUGUUGUCAUUUAGUUUCGGGCCGUCACUUACCCAUUCCCAGCACAUGUAAAUCCAGAAUCGAUUUUCAUGCACCGCCAUUCGAUCAGAUCAGUGACCCAGACUGCCAUUUAGGUCGGUUAUGUGCGCCUCACCUACUGAAAGGCGAGAGCAAUGAUCAUGAACUGUUUUGUAAUUUUGUGCCAUCGUUGUCGGUUGUAUUUGGUAACUGGCUGGCAGCGAAAUCCACUGCUCGCGGUUAGACGAAACUGUACAGUUGUAGUUGUUUGCUUAUUGCAAUUCCGGUCUCCCAUUAGUGUGAGAAAUGCUUUCGGGUGCUCGCCAAAGACAAGCCUCUUCCGGAGAGAACCCCAAAAAUGCAGACUGCGGGCAGUCAGAGCAUGGCGACAUGCUAAUCGAUGCUUAGAUGCUUUGAAGAUGUACAAACAUGUGUACAUUUACUUACGCCCAUACAUGUGUUUUGUGUGACUUUGUACCUUAGCAGGAUUUAUUGUUUUAACGUUGUGACUGCGAGUAAGCGAGGAUAGUCGUGGAACACAAUUUCGACAUUCACCAAAGUAAAUUAUGCCCGUUGUUCAUCGUGAGUCGAUUGUUACCAGGAACUUUAUUCCGUUUGCCAGCGCCAUUCAGUUGAUUCUUAUGGACCGAACAGGAAAAUGUGUUUAGUACGGUCACCUCAUGUCCGACCUCAAUCAAGCCUGUCUUUUACGUUUUUGAGCGAAAAUGAGUUACAAUGAGGAACAGGCCACGAGCUGUCUUUUACACAUUCGGAUAUUGUGUUUGUUGGGUGAUAAACGUACAAAUGCAUCAUUUCACUCAAAUGGAGGU